CGUACGAGGGUAGCGUUGAUCUCGACGCAAUUCAGGACAAAGUUAUGAGGGAGGCAAUCGAAAACCAAAUUAGGAACUUUGGUCAGACUCCUUCACAGCUACUAAUGGAACCGCAUCCACCUAGAAGUUCAGCAAUGCACUUGUCUCCAAUGAUGUUCUCAACGAUUCCCGACGACGUCUGUAUGACCAUGAAGUUCCUAUCCAAUAGUCCAGUAGUCCACAUUUCGGCCAAUACUUAUCCACAAUUACCGAAACCCUUCGGUGGUAACUGUUACCAUGCACCAACAGUUUGCAGUCAAUAAGUGGAACUCUGCGUAUGCUGCUGUCGCUCAAUCUCCCAGUUACGCGGACACUCCACAGAACCAAGCCUCCAAUUUACCUCUUUCGAUGGAUGCAGUACUUUCAAUAAACAACAACAGCAAUGCUCAAAACCAAAUGCAGAGACGUCAUCUAGGAGAUAACUUCAGCCAGAACCUGAAAAUCCGUUUCAACUGUUUCGUAACCACCGUCGACAGCAAAUUUUUAAUCGCCUGCGGAUUCUGGGACAACAGUUUUCGAGUAUUUUCCACGGAAACCGCAAAAAUUGUUCAAAUUAUUUUUGGACAUUAUGGGGUAGUAACGUGUCUCUCUCGUUCUGAGUGUAACAUCACGUCAGAUUGCUACAUAGCGUCUGGUUCUGCUGAUUGUACGGUGUUAUUGUGGCACUGGAACGCCAGGACUCAGACCAUCGUUGGGGAAGGAGAGGUGCCUACGCCGAGAGCUACGCUUACUGGACACGAACAGCCAGUUUCGAGUGUUGUUAUCUCUGCUGAACUCGGCUUGGUUGUUUCUGGUUCCUACGGUGGUCCUGUAUUGGUUCACACCACAUUUGGAGAUUUACUUCGUUCUCUGGAUCCCCCCAAUUCAUUUAUUUCGCCUGAAAACAUAGCGAUGUCUCGGGAAGGAGUAAUCGUCGUAAAUUACGAAAAGGGCAACAUAGCAGCAUUUACUAUUAAUGGAAAACGUUUACGUCACGAGUCACAUAAUGAUAAUUUACAGUGCCUAUUACUAAGCCGUGAUGGAGAAUAUUUGAUGACUGGCGGCGACAAGGGAAUCGUUGAAGUUUGGAGGACGUUCAACUUGGCACUGCUCUACGCCUUUCCGGCAUGUGAUAGUAGCGUUAGGUCACUUGCAUUAUCACACGAUCAAAAGUUCUUAUUAGCUGGUCUAGCACUGGGUUCAAUUGUAGUUUUCCAUAUUGACUUCAAUCGGUGGCAUCACGAAUUCCAGCAACGCUACUAGAAUAGCAGCCAACAGACUGCCUGCUUGAGAUGUAAACACUUAAUUAGUACCAGCUGGUACAUACUAACGCGUUAAGAUAAUUGUUUAUUUUUAUUUAUUAAGAUAAUUUUACUUAUUAUACAUUUACCUUGCGUACUAUUCGAAACUAGUUAUUUUUGUGCAAUAAAAGCUUUUCCAAUGAGUUGUAAUGUUGGUGGUUUAUGAAUUUUUUAGUUGUUAAUCACUCCUCUAAUAGUAACAGAUUUUUAAUAAGUUGUAUAGAAAUGAUGUUUGGAAAAGACACAGAAUAGAGCAGAGCCGAGAACAAGGAAUAAUUUGCACCAAAAUGGAACGUCUGUGUACACGUAAUUGUGUUGCAUAAGUGUGGUUCAACUAAAUUACUCUCUAGAGACUUUAAUUAAACUAUUGCUAUUUAAUUAAGCUAUUGUGCUGACUUUUUUUUGUAGACCUUCAUCAACCAAUAUAUUUCUAAACCUUUUCUCAUCGGUAUUCUUUCCUUUUGAUGCUUCUUUAAUAUUAUCUGCAUCUACUGCAUCUGUAAAAUCCAUUUAUUUAACUUCUUGGAGGUUUUACAAUACAUUGUUUGAUACUUCUGGUGCCUACUCUUCUUCUGGCAUGAUCACAUGUCGUACUAAAUAGACUUUUUUUGUCUAUUUGGUAUGUUUUUGGCUUUUUAUUCUAUGACUAUAUCCUGAAAAAUAUUUUUAAUGAUUUCCAGAUUAUGGUCUUCUUUAUAAAAUCGUUUGUUGUUUAAUUUUGACUGCUAAAUACCUGCCUUCUUGAUAGUGCACCUUUCGUGUCCACAUUUUUGGCUAAGUGAGGUUAUGUUAGGUUAAGUUUCACUAACGUACCUUGUUUCGUGUUUCUAUACUAUUUUUUUAAUUGUCAUUUCUUCAUUUUCAACCACUUCUUGUAGCUUCUUGUCAUCUGACAUCAGCUGUCUUCCAACUUAUCCAAUGUAUAUUCACGGUUUCUAGGUUGAUACACUAGACGUUUACCUUAAUUUUUGACAAAUAUUUAUAACAUAAAACAUUUCUAUGCGGUUUUAGGUUGUAAACAAAUGUUCGAUUCUUUAUUUUAUGGCUGGCUCUUUAUUUCUUAUAAGUAUGAGUACAAGAUCAUCCAGAAAAAAGGGUCUCUGACAACUAUUUUUCUCCUUUUUUACUAAUUGCGAUAAUUCCUUCUUCUUUUCCCCUGAUUAUGAGACAAUGUACUCUAGAAAAAUAUUUCUGUGCACUAUAGAUUCUUGUGAAUCAGUUUUCUUCUUUUGCUUAUAAGCCCAUAAAAAUAUUGCCUGGUGUUAAAAUUUACUUAAUUUUUUCCUUCUUCCUGUUCGGUGUGGUUCUUCUCUUGUUUCUGAUCGUUGUGCUUCGAAUAAAAGCAAAACAUGCACGCCCUAAAUGUCUUCAAACGAAGAUUUCAAUAUAGAGAUUUAUUUAACAACUAAAAAAUAUACCCUAAUGGAUGUAACAUAGACUCACUACACCUUGUUGAGUUUGACCGUUACCGUAGGUAUAUGUAGAUAGCAUUUCUUUUAGUGAAAUAAUUUUAAAUAUUCGAUUUUAAUCAUUAUAGUAUUUAAUACUUAACCCUUUUGAAAAUAACGUAUAUUUGUUUUAUUUUGUGUAGCUUACUAUGAAAUAAUCAGAAGAGGUGAUGGAAUUGAUUGUUAUUUAGAAGCUUUAGUCAUUAAACAAUUAAAUAUAAUUCACGAAACGAUCCAAAAAUAUUUUAAGGAGUUGGUUGCUCUAUAAAUACAAGUUCAAAUCACUUAAAUAGCCCUUGUGAUCUUACUCGUACUGUGAGAUAUAUAUAUAUAUAUAUAUAUAUAUUAUAUAUAUAUAUAUAUAUAUAUAUAUAUAUAUAUAUAUAUAUUACCUAGUUUGUUAAUUUUGAAUCUUCCUCUAGUCUAGUUUAUAUGACACAAAUUCUUUUUUAGUUAAACUUUCUUUAACUUUAACUUUCUUUUAACUUUAAUUUGAAGUUCUUGUCCUUUUUUUCUCAUAUCUUACAUUUCCUUUUUGUUAGAACCUCAAUCACAAAAAAGCUGUCACUCAAUACUUCUUUGUACCUACAAGGUGGAAUUUUUCUGAAUGCGUUCCGUAUGUCGAUAGUCUUAAGUAACUUUGUAUCUAACGUUGAAUAGUUGUUUCAUUUUUUUGCCAGAAGAUCAAUUUAAACAUCUCUCACCAAAUUAAUCCUUCCACCCACUAGGUGGCGCUACUUUGAGUAUGUUCGAUAUAGCAGGAGUAGGUAAGCUCUCGAAUAUUAAUGUCAUUGACAUUAAAGUCAAUGUCAUUAUGACUAAAUUUUUAUUAUUGUGAACAUACCUUUAAUCUUCUCAGUUUUCAUUGCAUAUUAGCGUUUAUGUUCAUGUUGUCUCCUUUAUCUUAGUUAGUUAGAAAUAGCAACAAAUAGUACGCUUCUCUCGCCGUUCCAUAGUCCCACAGAGGAUCCAUAAAAGGAUCAUCUGCUGCUAAAUUAAUUAACCAGUUAGUAAAAAUUUACACCCUAUUUAGAAAAAUGCGUUUAAAGAUGGACAAAUGUGUACUUAAGUGAUUAGUUUCGUAGUAAUUGAGCAAACAACUUUUCUCCGUAAAAUAUUGGAACACUUAAUAAAGUAAUUGUUAUAUAUCCCAUCAUACAUUUUGAUUAUUUUCAUAUAAUUAAUUUUAAGGCUUUGUACUUGCCCUAGGAACACAAGAUAUGAAGUUAAUAGAAUUUUAAAUUAAAAAAAAAAUCGCUAAAAUUUGACAAUAAAAGGUUAGAAUCAAGUUAUUUUUUGAAAAAGAAGCUAAAAAAUAUUAUUUAAUAAAAAAAUAGACAUCCAAUGACUGUGAUCGUUGCAUUUGCUAUAAAACAUUCCAAAUUGUAUUACAAAAAUGUUGGUAACAAAAAAAGUAAAUAAAUCUAGUCGACAAGUGAUUGUAAAGAUAGUUCGAAAACUUUUCUACAGUUUUAUACUUAAAGAAUGCAUAUAAGCCAAAAUUUGUUCACACUUUUAUAAAAACUUGUCUCUCCUCUUCAAUGAACACAGAAAAAUAUCUGGAACUUGUUGAAUUUUUAACUGAAACCAAUUUUUAUAUCAUCAUCUUAGGUCUCAAUGCUUUUGUUACAAGCUUUGCUAGUUCUAACAACUACUAAGUAAGAAACUGUCUAGUACGAAAUCAUGCAAUAAGUUUAUGAUUUUUUUGAAGUUAUGUUGGGUGUACAAACCUAAUAUCCUAUACUUUUUCCAUAGCACCUUUUCAGAAACAUAUCAGAUUGGUUUUUGUGAUGAAAUGCGGAAACAACGGCUUAAAAAAACACAACAUCCGUUCGAAAAAUAUUUUUACUGAUGACUGUUUGGGAAUUCAAACCGAAUUUACGUGCAGAAGGUUUAAAAAAUCCUUAAAUUGCCACGUCUAAUUUACUGAUUGACUAAAAAAUUGUAAAUAAACUGAAACUAGGGCAAGUACACCAAGGAGUCAAUCCUGCAGAUGGUGUACAAUCGACAUAACCUUAAUUAACUAAAUUCUCCUACUAGCACGUGUUACAUGAAUGUAGUCUUUUAUAUAAGUAUAACAAAUAUAACUAUUUUUGCAAAUUAUUGAGUUUUCAAAUUCUUUCAAAGGUCGUUGAAGAUCUCAUUAUAAACAAAUUGUGCCAAAUUUACAUUCUGGGUAAACGCGUUGUUAAAAACUUUGGACUACUUGAUAACCUUUCCUUUAGAACGAAUUUUUGUUGGGUAAUAAACGGAGAAACUCUUUUGAGUUAAAAAAAUAAUAUUUAAAGAUUAUUAUUAUUCGGAGAAACUCUUUUGAGUUAAAAAAAUAAUAUUUAAAGAUAAACCAUUUUGAUUUGUUUCUUUUUAUUUCUGUUUGAUCAUGAUUAUCUACAAUUUUGUGCAAAUUUUUUAUAAUAUCAGCUCGGUUUCGGUUCUUGUGUAUCAAUUUUCUUUAAUAUUUAAAAGAUAAUUUCAUAUUCAUUGGUCAUUUUUAUUUGUUAUUGCAGUGUUGUUUAAAAAUAAUGAUUAGACAAAGAAUUCAUGACGUCAUGAUAUGUGUUGACCUCACUGACAAUUGACAAAAUGCCAAUGUACGUCCUGAAGUAUUUUGACAUCUAUUGCAUUUUAUGGUAACUGUCAGUUUUCACGUGUAAAGUCAAGUUGUAGAAUACACUGUGAAGAAUCACUGCAAUAAUAAAAAUAGAUGAAUAUGAUAUAGAAUAUUAUUGUUUAUUGUUGAUUUUUAAAUAUGUAUUAUUCAAAAGUAGAUAAUGUGCAUUUCUUUUCAAUUAUUAAUCUUGUUUUAAUUUCAAUAUCCUAUUAUUUAAAAAGUUUAAUCUGUUGAUCCUACAUAGAGUACCUUAAACAUAAUAUUUUGUAAAUAAUUCUCCUUUUUCAGAAAAGUAGUCUAUUUCCUGUAUGAUUUUCUAAAAAUUGAAACCCUGAUCUACUUUUUAGUAUCGUCAAUUAGAAAUUGUCCAAUUACGUAAUUGGAAACUUUUGUAAAUUAAAAAUUGUAUAUCUUAAAAUAUAACAAGGUGUAAAUUGACAGAUCGAAUGUAUUUUUUCUAAUCGGGUACUGAUUUGUCGGUUGUACUGCAUCUGUUAGCUGGUUAAUUUUGAAAAUUAGUUAAGUGAUGUUGUUUGAACAUUUAUAUCAAAGACCAUUACAAUUUUCUAUGUUAUUUCUCACGUAAUGUUUAAUAAGUUUUAUCUGGAUGGUUUUAUUAUUGAAAAUAUUUUAAAAUAUCCCAAUAAUACAAUUUUUAUAAAGUUUGCAUUGCAAUGGGUGAUAAUGUAAUUCUUCUUUACUGGAUUUUGGUAUCUCUUUUCUCUCGGCACACAGCCAAGGUGAUUUCGGUUUUCGGGCUGCUUAAUAUAUGUAUCUUCUUUAUUUACUAUCAAAAGUUUGUAUUUUAAAUUAAUAAUGCAUUAGUCAUUUGUCAUCUAAUUGUAUUAGUCUUGUUAUCAUUAAAGGUAGCCCAUUAUUAACGUUUUCUUGUUAAGUUUCUUCUAUCGUUAUUAACCAUUCUUACAUAUUACAAUAAUACAUUUCUCUCAUUUUCAGAUUUUUAUCGUCGCCCACUUUUUUCUUGUACCUUUUCUUUCUUUCGGUUUUUGUUUUCCCAAUAUUUUUUUUUUCUUCCACUCCUUUCUAAAUAUAAGUUUAGCUAUUUAAUAUUCUUCUCCUAUCUCUCUAUUUUCUCUCCUCUCUUUUUUUGGUGCAUGUAUCAUAUCAGUUUAGCUCUUGUUUCAUAAUUCUACUUUGUUGUUCCCAAUCCCCAAUACAUUUUCCUUAUUAUUUUUUCUUAAGUUUCUUCUGUCUCUCUUUUUCUCUCCCGUUCCUAUUUCUUAUUUUAUUUGCUUACUCCCUGACUCAUAUUCGAACGUUUCAAAUAUUUUCCUGGGUAUGAUGGUACAGCUAUAUAUUUUCGUUAUCCUUUUUUUACUUCAUCACUUUCUUUAUAUCAGUUUAGCUCUUUUUUAAUUUUUUCCUGCCCCUCUAUAUUUCUCCCUUUUUCUUUUUUGGUACAUCUUUCUCUAUCAGUUUUUUGGAUGAUUGUACAGUUAAUCUCCUACCUCCUAUUCUACUUUUUUUUUCGCUGUACAUCUGUCUGUAGAAUUCUGCAUUUCUCCCUGUUAGUUUACCACUUACCCGUUUUUUCAUUUUCUGUAUUUCUCUGUUUUCCCAUUUACCUCAUUAUUUCCUAGUUUCUAUUUUCUGUUAUCUCCAAUAUCUUUUCUCCUAUUCCCUCUUUGCCCUUCUCUCCUUUCUUCACAGUUAGUUUCUCUGUCGUUCAUCUUAAAUGAGUAAAUAGUGAGCUCGUAAUUAUGUAUUACUAAUGAAUCCACCUUAAGUUUGUAAUAAACCAAUUAAUCCAAAAAGAGUUCGAAGAAAAUUGGCGAAUUGCUUUAUAUUAACAAGAAACCAAUAAUUUUCAUAUAUAAAUAUAAUUGUAUUGUUACAAAAAACAUAGCUACAAAUGAUAGCUUCGCAUUUGGAAAACUUUAAUCAUUUUGGGUGAUACAAGUAAAAUGCUAAGAAAUAUUAAAAUUAUGCAAUAAUUCUGUUAAAAAAUGUAUGCGAGGAACAAACUAGGAGAUAUACGUUUUUGAGGUGACGUUUUCACAACAUUACUUAGCUAGAUGUAAGUUUUUAAGCACCGUAGAGUUGCUUACGGCUUGCACAUCCAAAACCAGCAAUUGUUAAGGCCAUAUCGGCGCACUUUUUCGACAUAGUGUGUGCCUCGUUUGAGAAACGAGGCACACACCAUGCCCCAAAAACACAUUCCCUCCAGCAAUUGUAUAUUAUUACCUAAAUAUUGCAAAUCUGUCCAACUAAAUCAAACUUAUUGUAAAUAAGUAAGAUGGUUUCGUUUUUUUAUGAAGCGCUGUCAACUAAUUGUGUAUUGAAAUAUUUACUUAACGUAUUAUUUUACUACUUAUGGAAAUAUGUACUUAACUGUAAGAAAUAUGAUAUGUUUGAUGUUAGCAAUAAUAUUUCAUUCAUUUGUAUACAUGAUAAACUAUAAAAUAAAUGUGUUUUGUUC